UGCUUCUGCCUCUUUGCCCGGCAGUGCCCUGCACUCUCAUCAAGCUUCUACAUGCCGGACGGGAAAUAAACCCAAAAUACUUUUUGAAUAAUCUUCACUGACAGCUCCUCGGGCUCAGGGUCACUUCUGACACCGACACCCAAGUGUUUGAUUUUACUUUCAGAUCCCUGGCGGAGCGCAAACAGAGCAGAGGAGUUACCAAAGUCCCCCCAUUGCACGCUCCAGCGAUGGUGACUUUACGCACGGGAGUUGACGGCUGUUUGAACUGAUUCCUGUCUCCGUAUCUCCACUGUCACCCACUCACUGACAAUCUUCACGUUUGGAAGAGAAGCGCAAGCGAAUGUGGAAGAAGUGAAAGCAGGUGACUUUCAUGAAUUUUAAAGUCAUUCUUAAGUGAGAAGAGGGUGUUGGAGCUGAAGUCUCUAAUUUCUAAUGAUGUCUUCCAUGCAAGCAACGCCUCCUUUUCACCCACCGUCUGAAGAGGCGGAAGUGAUAGGUCAAGACAUCGCAGUCUGGGCCGGUGACGAGCGAGACGACCCAAAGGAGACGGCGUCGCCCUCUUCGCAAGAUCAGCCCCACCCUGAUGAACUUCAGCCAGCCAGAGAGAAACCAACGGAUGCCGAGUGGGAGAACGUCGGCCCUGCUGUGAUGGAAAAUAAGAGCAGUAAAAGCUGCUCAGUCUACUCCUACCGAACAAACUCUACCUCUCCGACCAAGCCAGAGGAGUGUUCCAGGGAUCGUGCAGAGCCAAUGAUUGGCCUUGCCUUUGGGACGCCGGAACGCCGCAAAGGAAGCCUGGCAGACGUGGUGGACACACUGAAACAGAAGAAGCUCGUAGAGCUGACCAAGACAGAACAAGACGAGCCGUCUUGUAUGGAAAGGCUCCUUUCCAAGGACUGGAAGGAGCGUGUUGACCGCCUGAAUGCCAAUGAGCUGCUUGGAGAGGUUAAAGGUACCCCAGAGUCGCUGGAGGAGAAGGAACGCCAGCUUUCCACCAUGAUCGGUCAACUGAUUAACCUGAGGGAGCAGCUUCUCGCCGCCCACGAUGAACAAAAAAAGAUGGCCGCCUCACAGCUGGAGAAACAGAGACAACAGAUGGAGUUGGCUAGGCAGCAGCAGGAGCAGAUUGCCAGGCAACAGCAGCAGCUUUUGCAGCAGCAGCACAAGAUCAACAUUCUCCAGCAGCAGAUUCAGGUCCAGGGUCACAUGCCUCCUCUGAUGAUCCCCGUGUUUCCACACGAUCAGCGGUCUCUGGCUGCAGCCGCUGCUGCACAACAAGGCUUCCUCUUCCCACCCGGCAUGUCCUACAAGCCAGGUGAGAAUUACCCAAUGCAGUUCAUUCCAUCGACAAUGGCAGCUGCAGCGGCGUCUGGACUCAGCCCAUUACAACUACAGCAGCUGUAUGCUGCACAGCUGGCAAGCAUGCAGAUCUCACCAGGAGCCAAGAUGGGUCCCCUCCCACAGGCUCCCAACUCCUCCGGUCCUCUUUCUCCUUCCACUCUCAAGAGCGAGAAAAGAGCAUCCAGUCCUGUCACUCAGAUUAAGGAGGAAGGAUCCACACAGCCAUUGAACCUCUCAGCCAGACCUAAGACAGCCGAGCCUCUUCGCUCUCCAACGUCUCCGACACACAGUCUGUUCUCCGGAAACAAGACCAGUCCCACCAGCAUGGGCAAAGGCCGCAUCCCCAGUCCAAUUCCCAACAUGGGCAGGAACAACUCUCUGGACCUCCUCAUGUCCUGUGCAGACAUCCUGUCCAGCCUCAACCCCACAGCACUGUUUGGGGACCAGGACGCUGUGAUGAAGGCCAUCCAGGAGGCCAGGAGCAUGAGGGAGCAAAUCCAGAGAGAGCAACUCCACCAUCAGCAGCAGCAGCAACAGCAGCAGCCGGGACAUCAGAGUCUAGAGGCCAAACUGUCUGCGCUCAGCAGCAUGAGCCUCAACAAUGGCAACAAGGAGCGGCUGCACUAUGAAACACUGAGCCAGCACCUGGGUAAGCUCGGGGAGGAUGCUGGGAAGAUGGUCCAUCGAGUCAUUGACCUCACAAGACCAGAGGAUCUGGAUGGGAGUAAUAUUGCAGAGGCACGAGUAUUCAGGGAGGCACGGGGCAGGAACAACAACGAGCCCCACAUCAAGAGACCUAUGAACGCCUUCAUGGUGUGGGCCAAAGACGAAAGGAGGAAGAUCCUGCAGACUUUCCCUGAUAUGCACAACUCCAACAUCAGCAAGAUCCUUGGCUCUCGCUGGAAAGCCAUGACUAAUCAGGAGAAGCAGCCAUACUAUGAGGAGCAGGCCCGCUUAAGCAAGAUCCACUUGGAGAAAUAUCCCAACUACAAGUACAAGCCACGGCCCAAGAGAACCUGCAUUAUCGACGGCAAGAAGCUACGCAUCGGAGAGUACAAGCAGAUGAUGCGCUCACGGCGUCAGGAGAUGAGGCAGUUUUUUGUGGGGCCUCAGCCACCAAUUUCUUUGGGUAACAGCCCAGGAGGUGUAGGAGUUUACCCAGGUGCCAUAACUAUGGCAACAACAGCGACACCAUCGCCACACCUGACUUCAGACUGCUCAAGCAACUCAGCCAGCCCUGAACCCAACAUCCCAGUUAUUCAGAGCACGUAUGGAGUGAAGUCUGAGCCUGGUGGGGGCAGGGGCAGCAACGGAGGUGGGGUCGGAGCACUUGAUCUGCCCAGUAACCCCACCAAUGGAGACGACGACAUGGACAUGUACGAAGAUUUUGAGGACGAGCCCAAGUCAGACUAUAGCAGUGACCAUGAGACACGGGAGGCUGUCAGUGCCAACUGAGCAUGCCCAGUGUGUCAAAUGUAAAAAGACAAGAACAACUCCCAAAAGACAGAGACAAAUCUUGAUGACACAGUUCAUCACAGAGACCUUUAGGUACACUUUCAGGUCUUGUUGUAUCCUGUACUGAGCAUGUCCAGACAGGACAGAAAUUCUACAGACAUGCUCAGAAAGCUCUUGAGCAGCAUCUUGACGGAUGCCCUGUUGUAGAAGAGGGGGAAGAUGGGGGAAACAUGGCCCACAAACACAACCUGAACAAUCAUUUAGACAUCCAGCUGAUAAUGAACUUCAGUUUUCUACUCUUUGACAAUCUUAACAGGAGUGAAUAAGAGGUACGCAAGGAGAAAGAAGACGAGAGAAUAAGACAAAGAACAAAUGAGCUACGAACACAUCACUGUGUGGUUUGUAAAGAGCAUGCAUGGGUUUUGAGGCAUUGCAAAUUGCUCUUUGACAGCUAUUUGGUCUUAAAUGUUUAAGGAGUGUGUUAGUUUUAUCGAAAUGUAUUUACUUUUUUGUGUUUUUUUUCCCUUUUUCCUUUCUGUUUAAUUGACUUAUCUGACAGGUCACUGCCUGUACAAACUCUGGACUGUCAGAACUUGAAAUUUGGAAUGAUUUUAAUAUAAAUGCUAGCUCUUGUAAUCUUAUAGUCUUAUGUUUUUUUUCUUAUAAAUACAGUGCUACAUCUUGGUUUUUCCUGACAAACUGCUUACAUUACAUUACUGUUAGAUUUUUCCUUUUUUUUUUUUUUAUAUCCCGCUCAGGUAUGAUGUGCCAGCUUGUGAAUGUGUUUUUCUGUUUGUUUAUUUGUUUGUUUUUUUCAUAUAAAAAGAGUGAUAGGACUUUUAAAUUUCAAUUAAAUAAAGGGAGUAAAAUCCCUUUUAUUAUUAUUAUUAUUAUUAUUAUUAUUAUUAUUAUUAUGUAAGGAAGUACCCAGACAUUGUACAGAUUUUCUUCACAUGUGCCAAACAUUCACAUUUACUUGGGAUGUUGUAGUCUUAAUUUCCGAUGCUGCAAAAAGUCUUAUACAAUCAACUUUUUCUAUCUGAUGAGAUGGUUUCUACUUAGUAACUGCUGGCUCUCCUACUGGCCCAAUCACAGGCAGCGCUCAGGGAGGAUAUGUCUUCAUCACACUCUUUCACACAUGCACACGCACACUUUGUGUCACCCUCCAGCAGCCUCUUUGGCUUUUAUACGUAAUAAGUUGAGCUGCAUCGAAGGCACCCGUUCCUCUCUCCCACUGCAUCGGUGCUUUCAUAAACCACAUUGCCCUUAGUUCCUUGAGGCCAAACACUUUUGUAGUAAGUGCAGUGCAGAACCAGCAUUUGAGUGUGUCCCUUUAAAUCUGGCUAAAGGUAUAUAGAUGCUUUUCAGCUUAAUUUCACUUCAAGAAUUUCCUUUGUCUUGAAAGUGUACUCUGAGCUUUGCUCACUUGGCAUCAUAGGAAAUGGCUGGGAGCAGCGCCAGGGAGACGCUACUGUAGGAUUAGAGAUUCUAAUACCCGGGAGCCAUUCACUGUAUUGUGUUUUGAAUCUUACAAAAAUGUCCAAAAGUGUACUUUUUUUUGGCUUAUUAAUUUCUAAUAUCUUCUUAGCAUUAUGUGAGAGAGAUAUGCCAAACUAGUCUUUAAAAAAGAAUUUAUAUAAUUGCAAAAAAAAAAAAAAAAAAAAGGCUUUUUUAGUCUGCUAUUUCAAAAGGUUCCUUUUUUAUUUUACAUGCAUAUUUUGAGGACAAUUAAAUUCUUGAGAAUGGAAAGUGAAAAAGGUGCAUAAUUCUCAGUCCCGGCAACUCCAGCCAGAGCACAGUUGUUCCAGUCAGACGUGCGAUGUUCCCUUUUCCUCCGAAGCACCACGGCGCUCAGCACUAUCCUCAGCUUGCAUGAUUUUUCUCUUCUUUUUUCCUUUUAACUCAAAUCUCACAUUCUUUCUCUGAAAACAUCUUCUCUCUUCUUCUUUUUCUUUUAACUGUCUCUUUUCAUUGCAUUCUCUACAAUUUCUAAUAUGUUUCCAUUUACGAAACCUGUGACCUCGGGGGAGUUCUGAGUGCUCUGUUUAGCUGCUUCAAGAGUCUUCUGACUCCAAAUUUCUCUUCAUCACCAUAUUUGGCAGUUUUUAAUUUGGAAAAUCAUCACAAGCUGGGAUUGAACAUUGAAUUUACAGGAAAAGCCUCAUACAUGGUCAUUUUUGUUGGUGUCAUACAUCCUAAGCACUGGAUAUUACUUCUAUGUUGUUUCUGGGGUUUUUUGUUUUUCUUAAUUUUUCUUUUCUUUUUUUUAAGUAUUGACUAAUGUGAAGUUGUUUGACUUAAAACAUGAGAAAUUAGUCAGUAAAAAGUCACAUUUUUGGAGCCUUGUACACGGCAGGCACCAGUAAAUUGCCAUUUCUUUAGAAGCAUUUCAUUUAUUUAAGCAAGUUGUUUUUGUUUUUACAGCUGUAGUGCCGCCUGAAGGGGUCACAUCACCUCUUAUCUUUUUUAAAAGGUAACCUCAUGCUCUUGUUGGUUGUGACCUGCAGAGGCAUCAUACACAUUUCAUGGUCACACACAUUUUUUUUUAUUUUUUUUGUGAUGAAUAUUGUAUUUGAAAUUCAAUUGUGCGUUUUAACAUUUCAUUGUAUUUAUUAGCCAGUUAUGGCUCUAAAAAGUGUCAGUACAACUUGGUGAGAAAGACAAUCCAAAAAUAUAUAUAAAUAAAAAAAGUAAAGACUUGA